GGCGCGGCGAGGCGGGGCGCCGGGGCGAGCAGCGGCCGAGCGAGCGCGGGGCGCACCGAGGCGAGGAGGCGGGGAAGCCCGCCGCCGCCGCCGCCGCGCCCGCCCCUUCCCCCCGCCGCCCGCCCCCUCUCCCCCCGCCCGCCCGCCGCCUUCCUCCCUCUGCCUUCCUUCCCCACGGCCGGCCGCCUCCUCGCCCGCCCGCCCGUAGCCCCGGAGCGGAGGCCGCCGCGGCCGUGGCGGCGGAGCCCUCAGCCAUGGCCUCGGGCGACACCCUCUACAUCGCCACGGACGGCUCGGAGAUGCCGGCCGAGAUCGUGGAGCUGCACGAGAUUGAGGUGGAGACCAUCCCGGUGGAGACCAUCGAGACCACGGUGGUGGGCGAGGAGGAAGAGGAGGACGACGACGACGAGGACGGCGGUGGCGGCGACCACGGCGGCGGGGGCGGCCACGGGCACGCGGGCCACCACCACCACCACCACCACCACCACCACCCGCCCAUGAUCGCGCUGCAGCCGCUCGUCACCGACGACCCGACCCAGGUGCACCACCACCAGGAGGUGAUCCUGGUGCAGACGCGCGAGGAGGUGGUGGGCGGCGACGACUCGGACGGGCUGCGCGCCGAGGACGGCUUCGAGGACCAGAUCCUCAUCCCGGUGCCCGCGCCGGCCGGCGGCGACGACGACUACAUCGAGCAGACGCUGGUCACGGUGGCGGCGGCCGGCAAGAGCGGCGGCGGCGGCUCGUCGUCGUCGGGCGGCGGCCGCGUCAAGAAGGGCGGCGGCAAGAAGAGCGGCAAGAAGGGCUACCUCGGCGGCGGGGCCGGGGCGGCGGGCGGCGCGGACGCGGGCAACAAGAAGUGGGAGCAGAAGCAGGUGCAGAUCAAGACCCUGGAGGGCGAAUUCUCGGUCACCAUGUGGUCCUCAGAUGAAAAAAAAGAUAUUGACCAUGAGACAGUGGUUGAAGAGCAGAUCAUUGGAGAGAACUCCCCUCCUGAUUACUCAGAGUAUAUGACAGGAAAGAAGCUUCCUCCUGGAGGGAUACCCGGCAUUGACCUCUCAGACCCCAAACAACUGGCGGAAUUUGCUAGAAUGAAGCCAAGAAAAAUUAAAGAAGAUGAUGCUCCAAGAACAAUAGCUUGCCCUCAUAAAGGCUGCACAAAGAUGUUCAGGGAUAACUCUGCCAUGAGAAAACAUCUGCACACCCACGGCCCCAGAGUCCACGUCUGUGCAGAAUGUGGCAAAGCUUUUGUUGAGAGCUCAAAACUAAAACGACACCAACUGGUUCAUACUGGAGAGAAGCCCUUUCAGUGCACGUUCGAAGGCUGCGGGAAGCGCUUUUCACUGGACUUCAAUUUGCGCACACACGUGCGCAUCCAUACCGGGGACAGGCCCUACGUGUGCCCCUUCGACGGCUGUAAUAAGAAGUUUGCUCAGUCGACUAACCUGAAAUCUCACAUCUUAACACACGCUAAGGCCAAAAACAACCAGUGAGAAGAAGAACGGAGAAGACCCUUCUCGACCCCGGGGAGCAUCUUCCAGGAGUGUGAUGGGGAAUAAAGACGCCUCUCCUUUGUAUAUUGUUUCUAGGAAAGAAUUUUAAAAAUGAAUCCUACACACCUAAGGGACAUGUUUUGAUAAAGUAGUAAAAAUUAAAAAAAAAAAACAAACUUUAAUAAGAUGACAUGGCUACGAUGCUCUGUCUUGCUCUGUAAUCUCGUUUCAAAAACACGGUGUUUUUGUAAAGUGUGGUCCCAACAGGAGGACAAUUCAUGAACUUCGCAUCAAAAGACGAUUCUUUAUACAACAGUGCUGAAAACGGGACUUCUUUUCACAUUCUUAUAAAUACGAAGCUCACCUGUUGCUUACAAUUUUUUUAAUUUUGUAUUUUCCAAGUGUGCAUAUUGUACACUUUUUGGGGAUAUGCUUAGUAAUGCUACGUGUGAUUUUUCUGGAGGUUGAUAACUUUGCUUGCAGUAGAUUUUCUUUAAAAGAAUGGGCAGUUACAUGCAUACUUCAAAAGUAUUUUCCUGUAAAAAAAAAAAAAAGUUCUAUAGGUUUUGUUUGCUAUCUUAAUUUUGGUUGUAUUCUUUGAUGUUAACACAUUUUGUAUAAUUGUAUCGUAUAGCUGUAUUGAAUCAUGUAGUACCAAAUAUUAGAUGUGAUUUAAUAGUGUUAAUCAAUUUAAACCCAUUUUAGUCACUUUUUUUUUUCCCGAAAAAUACUGCCAGAUGCUGAUGUUCAGUGUACUCUCUUUGCCUGUUCAGUUACAGAAAGUGGUGCUCAGUUGUAGAAUGUAUUGUACCUUUUACCACCUGAUGUGUACAGCCCAUGUAACGGAAAGGGCAACAAUAAAACAGCAAUCCUACAGAAAGAAUACGGCAGAAAAAGCUCUGUAAGCACAGUCUUAUUUCCUUUUGUUGUCCAGAAUAAUUCCAAUUCUUGAGCCUCCCAGAAAUUGGAAGCCAAAUAAAGCAACUGAAGUUUCCUUUA